AACUCAACAAACUCGGCUCAGAACUCGACCAGACCUCGACACAAGCAUAUCCAGAAAAGCCAAACACAUAAAUUGGGAAUUAUUGAAAAAGGGAGCAUAGAGGUUAAGCUUAUGCAAAUACGUGGAAUACCCUGCAUUUUAUGGAGAAAGCUUUAGUUAUCAGAUUGCCGCAAAAUACCAGCACCAAUCUGCUUUAACUUCGUGAUUUUGUUUACCAUAUGAAGAAUCAAUAUCACAAAUUCCUGUGUACACCGAAAGUCAUUUAAAUUUCUACAUUUUAAAAGAACUUAAAAAACACAAUAAUACCGCAAUAGGUUAACUUUGAAAAGGUAGAAACCAUUCCAAUGAGGAUUUUUAUAAAAGCCAAGAUCCGUAAAUCUGCUUAAUAAAAAUGGAUACUACCGCCGAACGCCAGGUGAGACUGGAAGGAGUGGAACGCGUGCUAAAGAUGUCCCAGGAGCGCAUCAAGAUAGCCAUGAUCAUUCCGAAGCUGCUGGAGAACCCCGAGAAAUUAAAGAGCGUCCUGAAAGGCACCUGCUACGAGGAGGUCCUCGAGCCCAUCGAUGACAUGAUCCACCACCUCGGCAAGCAGAGUGGACGUUCCAAGCUGCCACACGACCACACCACCAUGCGUAUCGUGGACUUCUUCCUGGUCAACCAUAGCAUUCACCGAUUCUUUCCGAAUCUGAAGAAGAACCUAAACGAAAGGGAUCGAAAGCUACUGGCCGCUUUCCACUUCCUUCUGGAGAGCGCCCACGUCCAUCUGCACCGAUCCUCGCGAAGCGAGAUCACCAAGGAGCGGAAGCUGCAUGCCAUCUAUCACCAGAAUGUGGACAUUCAGAAGAAAAUCAAGGAGCUGAAGGCGAGCCUGGCCUUCCAGAAAGUGAUUGGCAAGUGGAAGACGGCCGCCAAGGGCAUUUAUCUGAUGAAGGUCGAGGAGGACCUGGCCAACAAGAAGUGGCAGAACAACGUGGCCAUUCAGAACGAAAUUGAAAAGUGCAAUCGCACGAUGCGUAGUUACCACAAGAGCAGCAUGGAUAGGCAGAAGGAACUGGAGGAGGAGCUGGUAAAUGCCCGGGACAGCUACGAGAAGAUGACCAAGAAGCAUCUCGCCGAGGAGCACGAGCUGCGAAACGAAAAAAACAAGUUGCUCCUGCAACUGCAGAGCAUGCUAAAGAAGUACGACACCAGUCUGGGCGAAAAGAUGCGCGAGAAUCUGGUGGCGGAGGAUCAGUAUCUGGCCGCCAAGAAGGUCCUCGACGACUUCAUGGUGCAGUUCAGGCAGGAGGAGCGCAUCUACAAGAACAUCGUGGUCAAGCGGGAGGAGGAGGAGCGUCGCAUCCAGCAGGAGAAGCUGGUGAUCUUCAUGAUGAACCGGGCGGCGGCCAAGAUCCAAAAAUACUGGCGCAAGUGGAAGAAGGAUCAGCGCAAAAGGAAGCGCCAGGGAAAGGGCAAGGGCAAGAAGGGAAAGUAGUGUCCUGACAAUUUCCUGACCUCUAUAUAUAUUUCUACAUUGUACAAUUUAUAUGUAGAAAUACAAAUAUAUUCCCACCUUCUACUAUA